AUGCUCGUUCUUUUUGAAACAGCAGCUGGUUACGCGCUGUUCAAAGUAUUAAAUGAGGAUAAAUUAGAAGAACCAGAUGAGCUAUGGAAAGAAUUUGAAACUCCAGAAGCAGCUAAAAAUAUCGUAAAACUUGUGGGUUUUCAAAAGUUUGAAAACAUGAAUGAAGCGGUGCUCUCAGUUAGUGAUCUUUUGGAAGGAAAGCUUUCAAAAGAUUUGAAAAAUUUUUUGAAAGAGUCAUUUGAUAAUAUGGAGUUAUCAAGUGAACAACUUGCUGUUAUUGAUCCGAAGAUUGGUACCACCAUCAGUAAAAAGUUUGGUAUUCAAGUUGUGUCUGACAAAAUCAUUAUGGAAUUGUAUCGAGGAAUUAAGCAACAGCUUGACGUGUUAAUGACCGGCAUUAAAUUGGAUGAUAUAAAUCAGAUGGCAUUGGGUCUUUCUCAUUCCUUGUCUCGCCACAAGUUGAAAUUCUCACCAGAUAAGGUGGAUAAUAUGAUCAUCCAAGCGAUCGGUUUGUUGGAUGAUUUGGACAAAGAAUUAAACACUUACGCGAUGAGAGUUAAAGAAUGGUAUGGCUGGCAUUUUCCAGAAAUGUCAAAAAUUGUGGUUGAUAAUUUGGCAUAUGCAAAAAUAAUUAAGGCUAUGGGUUUUAGAACCAAUGCACAGACAACAGACCUUUCGGAAAUACUUCCGGAAGAUUUGGAAAAGGAAUUGAAAGAAGCAGCCGAGAUAUCUAUGGGAUCUGAAAUUGCAAGUGAAGAUAUUGAUAAUAUUGUAAUGGGAUGUGAACAAAUCAUCAGCUUAACUCAAUACCGUGCAGAACUUUAUGAGUAUCUUAAAAAUCGAAUGUUGGCAAUCGCACCAAAUUUAACUACUCUAGUAGGCGAAUUGGUUGGAGCCAGAUUGAUUGCACACUCAGGAAGUUUAAUUAAUCUUGCCAAGCAUCCAGCUAGCACUGUUCAGAUUUUAGGUGCAGAAAAAGCUCUUUUUAGAGCUUUGAAAACCAAAAAUCCUACACCCAAAUAUGGUUUAAUUUAUCACGCUAGUUUGGUUGGCCAAGCAUCUCCCAAAAAUAAAGGCAAGGUAGCUAGAAUACUUGCCACAAAAUCUUCUCUCGCGACUCGUUUCGAUGCUUUAUCUGAAGACAAAGAUAUACAGGCAGAAAUGGGUCAUUCGAACCGGAAAUACGUUGAAUCAAGAAUAAGAUCAUUAGAAGGACGUAACGGUGGUACUGGGACAAAUAUAGAUAAGAAUAAAGGAAAAAAACAAAAGAAAUUUGAACUCAUUCCGGCUACGACUUCAUACAAUCCAUCCGCCGAUGUAGCAGGCACUAGUCAAUCAGUUGGGACCAAUACUGCUGGUAUAAAACGUAAAGCCGAAGAAAUGGCACUAACAGAAGAAGAAAGUGACGAAGAUUCUACUGAAGAAGAGUCUGAGCAAGAUGAUAGUACUAAAUCUAAAAAAUCAAAGGAUAAAAAUAAAAAAGUAAAAAAGCAAAGUCAUUCUAUUAAAGCCAGUGUUACCGGCACAAAAGGUAAAGCUAAAGAAAUAGCUCCUACAGAUGAGGAGGAAAGUGAAGAGUCCACUGAAGAAGAGUCUGAUCAAGAUGACAGCAUUAAAUUAAAAGAUAAAAUUAAGAAAGAAAAGAUUCAGAGUCAAUCGGCAGGAACCAGUACCGUUGGUACAGAACGUAAAGUCAAAGAAAGUGAGGAGGAAGAGUCUUCCGAAGAAGAUUCAGAACAGGAUGACAGUAUUAAAUCUAGUAAAUCAAAGGGUAAAAGUAAAGAUAUAAAGAAGUCGGCCGGAACAAGUACCACUGCAAGUACAUCUGGCACAAAACGUAAAGCUGAAGUAGUAGUUUCUACAGAUGAGGAAGAAAGUGAGGAAGAGUCUACUGAAGAAGAGUCUGUGAAGACUAAAUCUAAGAAAUCAAAGGAUAAAAGUAAGAAACCAAAGAAGCAAAAAAAGGAAGUUAAGCAAGAAAAGAAACAACCUUCGAAAGAGGUAAAAGUUAAGGAUAAAGUUGAGCAGGAAAAGAAACAACCUUCGAAAAAGGUAAAGGAAGAAAGUAAGGAUGAUAAGAAAAAGGUUAAAAAUGAAAAGAAAAAAGAGAAAUCCUCUAAAAAGAAGAAACUCGAAUAA